ACUAGGUUGUGAUUAAGCGGUAUAUAAGAACCUCGAAUUAUAAUUAUUAUAAUUAAUUAUAUGCUUUAACACAGAUAUAGAGCGUUUAUUCGAUCAUUUGGGAUGAAACGUCCUCGCAAUAUAAAGAAGGUACACAGGGAGAAACAAUGGUAACAAGAAAGUUUCCUUAUGUGUCCUCAUACAAGUGCCCACUUACGAUACGCUUGCAACUGCACACAGCGUAUCUAUCCGUGGUUAGUCUUAUAUCUCUUAUACAGAGGACAAGGAACACACCGAUCCCAGUCGCCUAUUAUGAUCAUGCAGCUGCCUAGAUACAGCAGGCAUAUUCUCUUGAACGUACACAUGUUGCCAUCGAAUGUCAUUCGAAAAACUCGAACAUUUCCUUUCUACAAAAUUCUUAACAUGGUUCUCUGGUUAUUACACUGAUGUGUAACGACCAAGACAUGAUAGUUUGGAACACAUAGUCACUUGCGUAUUCAAAGUGUCAUGUCAUGGUUGAUACACAUCAGAGUAAUAACCAGAGAACCCUUUCAAGUACCUCAUUGACCAAUAUGGAAAUGGCGUCAUAUUUGCGCUUAUAAUGGAAUGAAUCAACUUCAUUUUUAGUUGGUUGAUAUAGCAAAUUGUAACACAAAUGUUUUCCCCUGGACAUUCAUUAGUAUAUUUAUACUACAUCCUCAACACAACGACAUCAUAGUAACUCCUUAGUGAUACGGAGAGAUUAAUACAGGGACGGAGAGACACUUCCAUGAUAAAAUAACCAACGAUUCACAACAAAGACAACUGUGAAUAAAAAUAUCUGAUUACAUCCUCACUUUUGAUUUGUUUUUAUGCAAGUUGUAGUGAAAACGUCUAUCAAAACUAAACGGAAUUCAAACGCUAAUGUAUUGUUAGCAAUACUUAAUACAUACAAUCAUCAUGUAUUAUUUCUUAGUGAUUAGAAAUUUGACAGGGUCACUCUCAAACAUGUGGUGGUCUAUAAGGGAUGCGUACAUAUUACGAGAAAAGAAAGAAAGUUACAAUGAUGCUUAUAAACCGUGUGAGUUUAAUCAAGAACGUAACAUAGACUCGAUCACAAACAAAUAGCAUGUAUCAUACCCUAGUUUAAGUAGUCUUAUUAAACGAAUAAUGGGAGACUUUAUCUCAAAUUGUGUCAACAUCACGUUACACAAGUUUUAAUCUUGAACGUGUUUAUCAGCUUGAUAAUGGCACAUUUAUAUACGUCGUUUGUACAGAUAUAUAAAUAUAUAUGACAUACUUACGAGGGGCAUUUAAAAACACUUUUUAUUAUUGAUGAACGGUGUGUUAAUACCUUCGAUAAAGCAAACUAUCUCUAAAAACUCACCACUGAGCAAUUGUAAUGGCAUCAACUCUCCUGUUGGUGUUUGGGAGCAUUGGACUGUCCUUGGCACAGAUCCCCAUCACGUGUGAAAGAGUAUCGCCAUGUAUCUGUAAGGAUCAGAAUGGACGGUUUGUAGAUCUCCGACCUCUAGCCCGACAGGAUGGAACUCCGAGAUACCAUGAUGUGCCGAACUUUGGUGGGCGUGAGCCAUCCAAGACGGUCUAUUCUUACAAUCCCUGUUUCGGAUUUAGCGAGGGACCAGCUGGCAGUGCAUGUAAAGAUGUAGCAGUUUGUCAGAGCAGUAAUGGAACCUCUGAAUUCGUCGAUCUUGGGGAUCAGAGAUCAGCUACAUUCAGCCACUUCGACAACGGAAACUUGUCUGUCGUGUACAAUUCUAAGGACAAACGCUACCAGACGAUCGUUAGUCUGUACUGUUCUGACGGUGGCACAGAAAGGGAAUUUUACGUACAAGGGGACAUAGGAUCGGGUACAACUUGGUUACAGCUGUUCACAAAAUAUGCUUGUCCACGAAAUGAGAGUGACAUUGAUGAAUUCGAGUUUGACCAUUGGAUAACAGAAACAAUGGCCGGAUCACAGCCGGAAACGGAACCAGUCUUUACUACACCUCCGCCUCCACACGUGGUGACCAUGACUGCCCUACCAGGACCUCCCCCUACUUCCAGUCCCGCGACAGUUAGCCUCGUCGUAUUAUUACUGCUUGCCAUUCUGGUCUGUGUAACCUUAAUACUAGCCGUCCUGGUGGGCUCAAUGAUGGUCCGCAGUGCGAGGAAGAUACUAUUCAGGGACUCUGUUGUCUACCAGCCUGUACCCACAGAACCGCAAGCUUAUUACGACAAAUCUUUUGGCAUUAUCUUGUAAAGAAACCCCAGGUUCUUGAGUUAUAUGUUAAUUUUCCGAUAAAUAAAUUU